GACCCCGCGAUCUUCGGUCAUAAUUUUUAAACCGCCGUUGUCCCUUCUUGGGUAUAACUACUUUUUUAUAAAUCCUGUUCUGCUUCAGUCACUCUUUGUUUACCUAGAAAGAAGGUCGUAGACAUGGCGGACGCGGAACUCAUCUCAUUACUGGAUCAAGCUGCCAACAGGCUCCGUAUAAAUUCUAUCAAAGCCACAAAUGCUGCGGGCAGUGGACAUCCAUCCUCAUGUUCUUCUCUGGCUGAAAUAGUUGCGGUUUUGUUCCUGAAGGAGAUGAAACUUAAACCCGCCGAUCCGCGAAAUCCCUCGAGCGACCGAUUUGUCCUUUCCAAGGGUCAUGCGGCUCCGAUCCUGUACGCCGCUUGGUUCGAAUUGGGAGUUUUGACGGAGCAAGAUCUCCUUACCUUAAGAAAGUUGUCAUCAGAUCUCGAAGGCCACCCUACUCCGAGAUUGAAUUUUGUAGACGUCGCAACUGGGUCCCUGGGACAAGGCUUAAGCAAUGCAGCCGGUAUGGCAUACGUUGGAAAGUAUAUCGACAAAGCUGCAUAUCGAGUUUAUUGCAUUAUCGGUGACGGAGAGUCGGCUGAAGGCAGUGUGUGGGAGGCUAUGGCUUUUGCUUCCCACUACAAACUGGACAAUCUUGUUAUGAUUUUGGAUGUUAAUCGCCUUGGCCAAAGUCAACCUACAAUGCUGGGCCACGAUUUGGAAACAUAUCGCAAGCGCGCAGACGCUUUCGGAUGGCACGCGAUUGUAGUGGACGGGCACAGUGUCAAAGAGCUGCUAGCAGCUUUUGCAGAAGCCCGUACAAUCAAGGACAAACCCGUCGCCCUCAUAUGUAAAACUAUCAAGGGUGCCAAAUUCCCUGGAAUCCUAAACGAGGAAAAUUGGCAUGGAAAACCGUUGGGAGAAAAAACUGCGGAAAUCAUAAAACAUUUAGAGUCAACUCUAUCUGUCGGGGCUUCAGGUGAUGUCGGUUCCUCUCUAGGAAGGUUGAAACCUGCCGCACCACUGGACGACUGUGUCCCGAUUAAAUUGCUUGGCUCUAUCAGCUUGCCCUCACCUCCGUCCUACAAACCUGGCGAUCAAAUUGCUACACGCUUGGCUUAUGGGAAUGCGCUGGCACGUCUUGGUCAAGCUUGCGAUCGCGUUAUCGGGUUGGAUGGUGAUACAAAAAACUCCACUUUCAGCCUGAAACUCCGGGACUUGAAACCAAAUCAGUUCAUCGAAUGCUUCAUUGCUGAGCAAAAUAUGGUCGGAGUCGCAAUUGGUUGUGCAGUACGCCAACGGACUGUGCCUUUUGUGAGCACUUUUGCCGCUUUUAUGACUCGAGCUUUCGAUCAAAUUCGUAUGGGCGCUGUUUCGCGAACUAACUGCAAUUUUGCUGGUUCGCAUGUUGGAGUAAGCAUAGGCGAGGACGGUCCUAGCCAAAUGGGACUGGAGGAUUUGGCUCUGUUUCGGUCAGUGUUCGGUUCAACGGUAUUCUACCCGUCUGAUGCAGUGGCAACUGAGCGUGCUGUAGAACUGGCCGCUAAUACACAAGGCAUCUGCUACAUUCGUACAGGAAGACCGAACCAGCCAGUGAUCUAUAGGUCGGAUGAACACUUUGCCGUUGGUCGUGGAAAGGUGGUCCGUACUUCGGGUGCCAACACUGAUCAACUUACUAUCGUCGCCGCUGGAGUUACUCUUUUUGAAUCCCUGAAAGCUGCUGAAAAACUAGCCAAGGAGAAUGUACAAGUUCGUGUAAUUGACCCGUUUACUGUCAAACCGAUUGAUACCGAUCUACUUCGCCGGGCGGUGGAGGAAACAAGCAGUCACCUGAUCACGGUUGAGGAUCAUGUUCCGGAAGGUGGUUUGGGUGAUGCCGUUGAACAGGCACUUUCACAGAUUGGUGUUUCGCACAUCGUUCAUCGGAUAGCGGUACGAGAAGUUCCCCGUUCUGGGAAACCGGAUGAAUUGCUUCAGAAAUACGGAAUAGAUGCCAACAGUAUCUUCUCGUGUGUGCAACAACUUCUGCCUUUACUGAAACACUAACUACCGUUUUUUAUAUAUUGGCCUCGUCCACAUUCCGUAAUUGACUUUAUUUGACGAAUCGUGCUCUUCUGGCCAAUUAGUAGCGUUCUUGAUUACAUUCCUCUGAUUCCAGUGAUGUGCUUCGAAGGUAAGAUAAAAAUUUGGUACUUCUA